AUCAAAAAUGAACUCCGGAUUGACUGAAAAUUUCUACGUCGUUUAUUUGUUAUAUCAGUAAACACGAUUUCCUGAAAUCAAUGAUAUACCAUACAACCGACAUUUAUAUCUUUUUAGGACCAAUGGACACGAUCACGUUUACUUGAGCACAGUGUCAAGAAGCCGCUUGGCAGUUGCAGACGUAUCCAGGGCCUGGUUGCAGAUCGGCAACUCAUGGUUCAUGUGCUUAAGAUGUCCACAUUGCAAGUAAUUUUCCGUGGACAGAUUGAUAGCAUCUGCGGACAAAUGUGCUUCAAAGUUAUUAUUCCGAACCAAGAUGUAGAUAUCUUGAUGUUGUUCCUUGUGUAUGAACACGCACCACACUUCGGCAUAUCACUAGCUGCUGACAUAUCAACAAAGGAGCAUGAGUUGCCGAUGAACUUUUUGUCUGGGUCUGGUUGCAGUUAUUGUCUGGAAAUUUAUGGACUGCGACGAAAGAUUAUAUCUGAUCGAGAGUUUUAUGAAUAUCAGUCGUAUGGAAGGAAAGUCUUUCAAGUAAUGAAAGGCCACUUAGCAUCAGAUCUCAACCUCAACAUCAGGUUGUCUGCACUAGAUCAUACAUUGCUUCCAAUAGACCGUGAUUCAAAGGAUAACCUCCAAAUUGGUGUACACCAUAAGCCAAAUUCUAGGUAUACUUUCAAGAGUAACCAGAAAUACCAGUCAGAUAAAACCUGGAUUCUGAUUUUCAAACAACAUGGGGAAAAGAUGAAUUUCUUUAUAUAUACUGGCAAGCGACUGAAAUUUACGUUACCCUUCGAACUCCAUGCUGCUAGGAACUGUCAAAUUAAAGCUAUAAUUGGUUCUGUUUUGUACGAAAGUGAUUUGGUUCGUAUUUUUGCCAAUGAAGUAAACAGUGAAAAGUUAAAUUUUAAAACCUAUUUUACCAAACAGGAGUACCAAAGUCUUCUCAACAGGACGUUAAGUUUCAUUAAAACUUUACAAGGGAAAUUCCAUACUAUUGAUUAUCUCUAUAGAAAUAAAUCGGAAAUGUACUUUGCCUCCAUAAGAGAAUAUCAUUCUGGGAUAAUGAAGCCUUAUAAAAAAGACCAUAAUGGAGAUCCGUGUUCUGUUAUAAACGGACGUAUAGAUGGAUUAUUUUUCAGCACUGCCGUAGAUUUUCAAACUAUGAAGCCUUUACCCGAAUCAUUAUAUGGACCAGUUAGAUUAAAUGUUGAUGCCAGUACAUUAUUCACACCAAACUUCAAUUUAUAUUUUGCAGAUUUUUAUUGUCAUUAUCGGGUUCAUUAUGUGACUGUCGUAUUAACCCCUAAAAGAUCACCAACUGAUAAAUUCUGUGAAGGACGACUUCUUAAACUUGACAUAAGACAGAAUCCGUUUAUAUAUCUUAGUGAAACAAAAGAAUAUUUUUAUGAAGUUAUGGUUUAUUUAAGCAAUGGACUUCGUGUUGAAGUGUUUUAUACAGAAGCAGUGAAUAUUUUAAGAAUAAUUGAAAACCAACAAGGACAUUUCGAACGAGUACCAAUAAUUGGAAGAGGUGAAAGUAGACCCACUGGAAUUCCUAAAAAUAAUCUUUGUAAAAUAUGCAACUUAUGAAAAACUCAUCAAAGAUACCAGACUUAUUUAUAAUUUUGUACGCCAGACGCAAAUGAAUGACUCAUCAAUGACGUUCGAGUAAAACAAGGCAAAAGGUAGAACGAAGUUGAAGAGCAUUGAGGACAAAACGAGUCUUAUUUUGUAACUCAUAAGUAAUAAAUCAUAAGAUUUUGAACUUAAAGAUAACUAGUUUUUCAAUGUGAAACCGUGACUCAAAGGAACUCCUUAAAUUCAGCUGGCCAAGUAUUUCCGUGUUCGACAAAGGUAAACCCCUGAUGAUAAAAAUAACCACAAUAUCUUCUUAAAGCUUUUCAUAAAGGUAGUAUAUCAUCAAAAUGUUCGUAUUUUGUAUCGACAACAUAUUUGUUGAGUUUGGUGGAUUGAUAUUUCAGCAGGUAAUCGGUAUUCCAAUGGAAUUGUGCACAACUCCUGGUCGAUUUCUUGUUUUUGUUCUGAUAUGAAGCAUAUUUCAUAGAGAACCUUCUCAAGAAAAUAUGACAAAAUCAUCUUGCAAAUUUCUUUAAUUUCAUUUUCAGAUAUAUUGAUGAUGUCUUUUUUUUUUUUUUUAACGACAUUAUAUAUUUAUUCACCAAAUAUGCUUGUUACAUUGUUACACCAAGAAACCAAGCUUUUCUUGAUGUAUCCUGUUAUAUUCCACUGAUUACCCAGGUUAGUAAUCAGCUGCUGGUAUAUAUGUAUAUAUUAUAAUAAUAUGUAUAAAUUUCUUGAAAUACAAUUUUACAACAUUUUAA